CGCCCACGUGGCGCAGGGGGAGUUGACGGCGGCGCUCGGAGGGUGCGCGGAGCGGAGGGGAAGCUGAGCGCCGAGGAGCGGGAAAGCCGCCACGCGCCGCCAUGGGCCGGACACUCGCUAUCCCUAUCGCUGCCCUCUGCCUGGCCUGGCUCUGCGUGACGGAGGCGGCGGUUGUCGACCCCUGUAGAAACUUUACUGACUGCAUUUCAUGUACUGGUAAUGAAUCCUGCAAGUGGAUCAAAUGUGAAAGUGAGGACGACUACACCUUACUGCAUACCCUUACUAUGCCAGUUAACAUGUGUGUGAGUGUAGCAGGAGGAGAGUUGAAGGACUGUAAAACUGAAGAACAGUGUACUUCUCCUACAGUUGUUCCGUCUUCCAAUGCUACUACGCCGUCUUCCAAUACUACUACACCAUCUUCCAAUGCUACUACACCAUCUUUUAAUACUACCACAGCGUCUUCAAAUACUACCACAGCCAGUUCUGCUACCACAGCUCAUACUGCUAUAGCUAAUGUCACCAAUGCAACUACACAUGCUCCUCUGCCUACAACUGCCAGUACUGCAACUACCACAACAACCAAUACUCCAGGUACAAAUGCAACUGUGACUCCUGCACCUUCUCCACGCAAAUCUACAUUUGAUGCUGCAAGUUUCAUAGGUGGAAUUGUCCUUGUUCUGGGUCUGCAGGCUGUUAUUUUCUUUCUGUACAAAUUCUGCAAGUCGAAAGACCGAAACUAUCACACACUUUAGGACCUGCAACUUUAUAAUGGACUAAUAGCCCAACACCUGUAGUUCACUGAACCAAAAUAUUUUCUGUUGCUCAUGGAAGACGGCAGUUUAUAAUACCCUUUAACUCUCUGAAAGAAGACUUUAAAUGAAUAUUUUUGCAACAUUAUACUUGGCAAGAUGUGAUAUGAAUCUCUUCAACAGGAUUACUUGCAAUAUGCUGCAUGGGUUCUAAUGCCUGUCUUACUUUCCUUUAGUGGCUGCUGCUGUGGGACUUUUUUUUGAUAUGCCAAAUGUAGACGUUCAGAGAUUCUUACUCAGUGGCAACACUGUCUUAAGUAGACAAUCUCAUGAUAACUCAUUGUGAAGGCUAGUUUAAUCAACACUUGCUACAGUACCCCUUCAGUUUUAUCAAGAUGUGAAUUAUUGGUGACUGACUUCAGGGAGUGAAAUACCAUUUAUACUAGCUUGUGGCUCUUAGUGUGCUGCUACAAAGAUGAACAAAAUUGUAGAAGUAGAUAACGUCUUAACAGAAUAACAUAAGCCCAUACAUUUUUCUACCCAAGCAUAUAGGUUGCCUGAUAAAAUACUGUAUUCCAAACAGAAAUCUUAUGCCCUUUCCAAUUAAUGUUGAGGGUGGAGAGAAAAUGUAGGGAUAAUAUUCCUAAAGGAGAAAUGAAGAUUAGUGCCUUAAAAGACUAAAAAUCAGUAGGCUGCAAAAGCAUCUCAUCUAUCUCAAAGAUAUAUAGUGGUAGUGCUUAAUAGUUUUAUUUGGGAGAAUGGAGUACACAUAACUUAAGCAUUCCAGUUUUAAAACCUUUUACGCUAAAUAACUGUUCCUUAGUGACCUUGUUUGAGGGUGAGGGAGUAAUGAGUACAGUAAUGUUCUGCUACGGUUAGAAGCUUUAAUUUUUUUACCUUUUUUCCUCACCUAUGAAGACAACCAUAAAACUAGUGAGAAAAUUCAGUUCACUCCUUGUAGAAAAAGGCAACAACUUAUAUUCAUACUUGAAUGACUGGUGUAGGAAAAUGCUGAGGUUUUUCAUAUUCAAAUAAUUCUGAAGCUUGUUCCAGUUAAUUUCAGUGGUUUGGGCUUUUUUCUUACCCUCCUCUGUAUCUGCUUGCUGAAGGAGUAAUUAAGGGUAGUUCAAAGGAUCUAUGGAUUUGAUCCUCAUCAGGAUUACCGUAGUCCUGGACCUGUCAGGGCUACACCUUUUCUUUUCCAUCCCCUUUCCUGGCGUUGGGUUUGUGUCACCCUGCAGUGAACUAGUUAAGAAAAUCUAGUCACCAAAUAGUUUUGUUGUUUUGGUUUUUUUCCCUUGGCUGGAUCAGCCUUGUGAUCUGAGUAUCAUAGGUACGCCUCUCCAAUGUAGAUUGACUUGGGCACCCAUGAAAAUAAACCCACAGGAAAAUUGGAAGUAAAGAUAAAAUCAGGUGGUAGAUGUAGCAUGUAAUAUAGCUUUUGAUGAUACCCCUUGAUCAUCAAUUUCAGGAUAAUCUGUAGUACUGUCUUACUAGCUCUUACUUGACAGAAAUUUGGCACCCAAUACAAAAUGAUAGCGUUAAUGCAGAUAAUAAUCAUGGCAGUGGAACUUAAGUGCACUUAGUUUGCUUCAUAUUUAAGUUGGAAGCUAAAAGUGCACAGUGUUGCUUUCUAGUUUGAAUGGCACUGUUUCUAUUGUGCUGCAUAGAAAACUCAAAUUGAUACAAAAUACAGAAGUUAUUCACUAGUACUGUAUCUUUGAAUUCAUUAGCUUUUGGUUUUCUAAACAAAACUAAGACAAUCAGCUCAGGUCUAUUAAAACAGCAGAGUGAGCAGCCAGUUUCUAGCAACGGUAUGUAUGUGGGUCAGAUGGUAUAGUGUAUUCUUGGCCUUAUUGUGAAAUCACCUAAUCUGUCCUUUCCCUAUCUCAGAACUAUUUUGUUACAUUUAUUUGUUUAAAUAAAGAUAUCCAUGAGCUUGUAUUCUGUGCUUUGAAGUGAGCAAAAUACUCUUCUGAAGUGUGGCAGAGUUCUCCUUCAGCUCAGCAAAGCAAACUGUAUAUAAAUUUUUUUUUGGCCUCAAAGGGCUCUCUUUUGGGAAACUUGCAGAGAAGUGCUACACAACACUUCAUAGCAUGGAAGACUGCCACAAAGAAGUUGUUGCUUUGUAAAAUGUUGCUAAAGUGCUUAUUCAUGAGCUAUGCUGAUCCUGAUUUAGGUUGCUGAUAAAGUAUGUUGGUAAAGCAAACUAAAAAUAAUUUUUAAAGUGCCUUAAAGUUGCUUAAUCUUUUGCCUCAAAUUUUGUUUAAAAGGGUAGAAGGGAUACCUUGCCUUAGUUACUGAAUUUUUCUUGGUGCCAGCAAUUGAUACUUUCCAAGACAUUAGGAAACCCAGGAUCUCUGACAUAUACAGAUACCAAUCUGAAAAACUCAAGCUUGUACUAUAUCAGUUUAGCCGUAUUCUGGAAGGUGUGCAUCACUUGCUCACUAGCCUUGCCAAAGAGGUAUAAUCCACAGUUUACAGAGUUGUGGCUUGGAUUGUUUCCUUUUCGGUUGUUUGGAGGGAGGGGAGGCUGGAUUAUAUACCUUCACCAUGUGCUUGGCUGCCUCACUGUAGAAAGCAAUUAAUUAUUCCUUUGUGAAAUGCAGUAUCAGCUGAUCUGUGCUGUGUACUAGCAAAAAAACCUGAAGUAACAACUUGCAGUUUUUCUUGGCCUAGUGUUUUGAAGUGGAAGGUAGCUCAUAGAUCUGUAGUUGUAUUUGCCCCUAAAUCAAUUUUAGGCACUGAACUGUAGUGACUCUUCAAGUUACCUGGCUUUUUCUUGAAGCCAGCUUGUGCAAAUGUCAAGCUGUUAUGAAUGUUCUCUGCAAGUGUUGCUGUAAAAGUUUGUAUUUUGUCUUCAGUGGAAGAAAACUGAAACGGUUGUAAUCGCAAAACCAAAUCGAUAAAUAAAAUCUGUUGAAUGGAA